AAUCUUUCUUUCUCUUUGACAAGCAAUGUCCUUGCUCGCGGUAAGCAGCGCCGCAUCUCGGCUCUACGAGAGCGCGCAGACGGCCUUGGGAAUCGUGCCCGAGCAUGCCGAAUCCAUCAACAAAGAGCUCCGUAUCGAGCGCCUCUUUGUUCACCCCAUCAAGUCUUGUCGCGGCACCUCCGUCCAAGAGGCUCACUUUGACGAAGGUGGACUGCACUACGACCGAUCCUGGCUCAUCAUCGAUGCCAAAACUCACAAGUUCCAAACAGCGCGCGAUCUGCCCAAAAUGGUGACGAUCUCGCCCAGCAUGGACGUUGCCGCCAAUUUGCUCCGCAUCGAGGUGCCCAACGCUGAAGAGGGCCAAGGCAGCGCGACGAUUGUCGAGACACCCCUUGAGCCCGCUCGCGCAGACGUUGAGCAGAUGGAGCUCAUCAAGGACAUUGAACUGUGGGGCACGCAGGUCGACGGGUAUGCCGUGUCCGCCGAAGCCGAUGCGGCCCUGACGACGUUCUUUGGUAAACAAGUUCGGCUCGUCCGCAAAGGUCCUGCGCGAAGAAAUGCGGGCCUGGACGACCCGCGGGGUGACGAGUCUGCUAUGCACUUUCAGGACUUCUACCCUUUGCUGGUCGCUACAAGUGCCUCGCUGCAGCACGUCCGCGAGACGCUCCUCGCUUCCGUCCAUUCCUCAUCGCUCCUCGAGCAGCCGCGGCCUCGCGACACCAAUUCCGGACAAGUUGAUGCUUCUUCGGCUGCCACUCCGGAAUCUCAAAGUGCGAGCGGAGAGAAAGUACCUCCGGGUGGGUGGGAUGUGUCAUCGCAAGGUAGCACAGAUGCGCAGAAAGAGAAAGUGACGGCAUACAAGGUCCCUAACGGCGUUCGGAGAGAGUACUGGACGCCAGAGGUACUUGCACAAUUUGAGAUUGAGCGCUUCCGGCCAAACAUCCUCGUCGGUGACGCCAGCGCGCCCGGCUCCAUCGAGAAAGAAGCGGGCGAACACGGCCACUGGCAAGAAAGCCAAGGCCUCGUCCCAUGGGAAGAGGACUCCUGGACGCACAUCGAAGUCUUUUCGCCUACCGAGGCCAAGAAAGGGCUAGGGUUCGGAAGCCAAGUCGAAGGAAAAGGUAUUGGGAUCGAAUGCUGCAUCCGGUGCGCCAGAUGUCUCGUUCCCUCUGUUGACCCAAAGACUGGAGUCCGAGACCCUCACAUUCCCUACCUCGUACUCCAAAAGUUUCGGCAGGUGCAACCAGAAAUGGCCAAGAUUGGCAAACCGUGCUUCGGGAUGCUCUCGUCUCCCUGUCAGGCCCAGGGCACGCUCAAGGUUGGCGACACGAUCCGGGUCACGCGCACGACGGACCCGGCAAAGAGGACCAUUACGAUGACCAAGAAGAAGUAAGGCCUAGCUUCAGCUUCGAUUCAGAUCGCAAAGGUCCUGCAACCACUGGAGCAUUGCGAUUAUUCUGAAUUGUGAUUGCGAUCACCUUGUUGUACAAUUUGCGGUCAGGGAAGCAUUAGGUGAUGUUGUGAGAGAACAAGCCGUUCAUAUGCUAAGGUUGAAACAUAGGACCUAUAAAUAGGGAAGUAGACCUCGCCGACAAAUCUGAACGCCUUCCGUUGAGGAAGCGCAAGUGCACCGAAAGUAUAGG